AAACAGACAUGUUCUUUCUAGCUAUCAGUAUGGUAGGAACAGACUUCUCCUUGAUUGGACGGCUGUUUCCUCAUAGAGCCAGAGCAGAAAUUAAGAACAAGUUCAAACGCGAGGAAAAAGCUAAUGGAUGGAGGAUAGACAAAGCUUUCAAAGAAAAGCGGCCCUUUGAUUUUGAAUUCUUUGCCCAGCUGCUUGAGAAGGUGUUGGCAGAUGAGGAAAAGAGGAAGCAGAAGACUGUUAAAAGUCAGAAGCCAAAGGAAAAGAAGCCAUCAAGGCCUCGGAAGAAGCCAAAAGCAAAAGCUGCCAGCACAGAAGCUGCUAAUGAUCAAGAUGAUCUUCAGGAAGCCAGAAUUUCUGAUGCAGAAACAGAAGCAGAUGCUGUGACGGCUGAGAAAGAAAAUGAGGAAUCUUUGGGCAUUUCUGAACAGGCAGAAGAACUGGUUGCAUUAGAGCCAGCGUUAGCAAAAAAAAAGAGAAAGAAGAAGAGAAAAGAUGAUCUUGAGCAACAAGUGGAGAAUCUUCCAGAAGAAAAGGCUGUCCCUUCAAAAACUGCUGAAGAAGGGAAGUCCUCUAAGAAAACAGAAAAAAAAGUGGUAGGUGAUGCAAACCAUGAUGGUCAUACAAACUGUAGAGAAGAACUGGACAGUGUUAUUGAGAGAAACCAAGGUGGGACUGCUGUUACAGAGGAGGAGAGAUCAGAGUCCUGUUUUCCAGUGGAUAACAUAAUGGAGAGAGAAAGUGAUGUCAAUAUAUGCAGCUUUGAAGAUAGCAAUGAUGUUAUAAUAGAAAUGAAAUCUACUGAACUGGGAACCCUAGAUGUUAGAGAUAAUACAUCACAGGAAGGUCAGAUUUCAGAGUUACCAGUUUCAAAGAUUAGAAGCAGAGAAAGACAAUCUGAAGAAACUAGCGAAACAAAGAACAAAGACAUACAUGACUUACAUAGACCAGAUGAAAAGCAGGGUGCAGUGGAAAGUGAUUCUCAGUCUGAAAUCAUGAAAACUGAAAAGCCAGCAGACAAAGGGCAAUUGCAAAGACCUAAACCCAAUUUAGUGAGAUCAUCUGCAAGGAGAGAAGCAGCAACUCAAGAGGAAAUGGAGCCUGAAACUUCCUCUCCAGACCUUGUGAAUACAAAUGAAAAGUGCUCUGAGGAAGACAGUAGAAGAAACAGAAAUGAAGCCACAGAAGUAGAGAACACAGAUUUGAAUACUAAAUCUGAAGAACCUGAAAAAACUGUAAUUGCAAAGGCAAUAGUUAGAGGAUGUCGACAGAGAUUUAAGCCUAAUGUUACAAGAGCUUCUGGAAGGAAAGAAGAGCAUGGAAAAGAUGCAGGAAAUGAUAAAAUGCCCCAUCCACAGCCAAAGGGAGAAACCAAAAAGAAUCCUGACCAAAGUAAUCGGUCUGAUGCUACCAGUGAAGAAGCUGCAGAAAAAGAUGAUAAAGUCCUGGAAACAGUGUCUCAGUCUAAUGAAACAGCUGGUUUACAAGACGACAGCAAACAGAGUGUUCUUAAAUCAGCACCUCUAAAGAGAGGCAGAAUGCAGAGACCAAAACCAAAUCUAGGAAGAACUGUUGCAAGGCAAAAAGACCUGAUAGAAGAAAAAGAUCCUGAAGAGAAGACUGAAGGUGGAGAAGUACAGAAAGGUGUGAUACACCUUAGAGAUGAAAACAAUGAUCAAUGCCUGAAAAAUGACAUGUUUCUACAGAUUCUGAGAUGAAUUCAAUACAUACAAGGCAGUGUUCCCACAAGAAGUCCUCAGAAGCAGAAAGUUGUGGGUGAAAAGGGAUUGUCAGAUGUCUUGAAACAGGUUUCAGAUUUCAAUACAGGAGAGUCUGGUCUUCAGAAGGAAGAGGAAAAAACUGUUGCAUCAUCUUCUCGGCUACUGAGGGGCCGAUUCCAGAGACCAAAGCCAAAUUUAAGAAUGACAACUAGUAGAAAGGAAGUGCUGGAUGUAAAUAAUAAAGGUGUAUCACAGAAAGAUACCAACAAGGAAGAAAGUUUGACACAGUGUGAUAAUGAAUGUAACAUCCUUCCUGAUAUGGAUAAAGCAGGAAAAGAUGAAGUCCUGCAGCCAUUGGAAUCCUUAGGAAUGGAGAAGUCACUUGGCUCUCAGGAGGUUUCUGAGAGGCCAAGUUGUAAGUCCCCAAAGACAUUUUCAAGAUCAGAGGAUGGUGCACUCAAGUUUUGUUUACCUGAAAUUAACCAAGAUGACACCUCAAUGACUAAUACAGACAUUGACAGCAAAAAUAUCACUGAAGAAGAAAGUAAACAAACACCUAUUCAACCUGUCCAGGUAGUGUGGAGCAGAUUCCAGAGGUACAAGCCAAACUUGGGAAGAGCUGUUGGAAAGAAGAAAUUACAAAUAUCAGAAAAUGAGAGGGAGAAAAAGCCUGAAGCAGAGCAGUUGGUGUUGCAAAAAGAUGAGUCUGCCAAUACUGCCAUCGGUGAAAAUGAAGCUGAAUUGCGUCAAGUGGAUGUACUGAGCAAAGACGAACAGGAGCAGCAAGAGGCGCCUCAGGUGCCCUGUAUUUCUGAAAACAUAUUCUGUGAACAAAGCAGGUGCAAUGAUAAAUUAAGUUCUGGAGAGGAAAGUGAACAAAGUGAUACAAAACUUUUACAUCAAGUGGGGCAACCCCACUGGAACCGAAAGCCAAACGUAAUGAAAGUUACUAGGAAAAGAGAUUAUCCUGAAGAAGAUGAAAAGAGAGAAGAGGACUAUGCUGAGAACAGAAAUGCACAAGAGUGUUUGGUGUUAGAAAAAACAGAUAUAUCAAAGCAAAACCCCAGUAACGUAGAGGAAGCUGCAUCCUUCUCAGAGGCUACAAGAAAACACAAUUUUACAGACUCUGCUGAAGAAAUACCUUGUAAAAGAAUCAGGCAGCAUAGUAGACUCCAGGCUUCAGAGAUAUCAUCAGAGUGUGAGAGUGAAGUAGAACAAGAAGAUGAUUCUCAGCUUUCUACCUCUCAGGAAAGAAAUUCAGACAAUCUCACAAGAAGUCAGUCCAGAAGGUCAUCCAAAAGGACGGUGCUGCCAAAACAUGUCUUGGAGCGAAGAACUGCUGCUUCUGCCUCUGAACAUGAGGCUGAUUGCAGUGAGAAAGCGAAUCAAAGGCAAGAAGUUAAACUGAAUGUUACUAGAGGCAAAAGUUGGAAAACUACACAUAGAAAGAAAAUUGAGAAGGAGUGCAGAAGUUCAAAGACAACCUUGGUGACCCUGCGGGCUUCUCAAGAGGAGGAGGAAGAAGAUGAGGCAGAUGACUUUGAGCCUGAUGAGGAAGAUCAAUGCUUUGCACCGGAGGAAGUAAACAAAGCUCCAGUGUUUGUUCCUAUAGGUCUUCGAUCUCCAAAACCUGUUCCUGUUCAGAUAGAGGAAACCAUGGAGGAGUUGGAAAUAUCUGUGAAUAUACCAGAUGUGCAGGUGGCAACUGAUGUUGAAAGUCUCUCUCUUGCAUCUGUCGAACCAGUGGUACAGAGGGAGGAAAAGGCGACAACUGUAAAUGAAAAUCCAGAGGCGGACAGAGGAAUUAGUGAUGGAAGCACUGAAGCUGCCAUGACUUUACUUGCAAUGGGUGAUCCAAUGUUCCAGUUAAAAACAAGCACUGAAGAAUGGACACACUUGUUACCUGCUCAGGAUGAGCUGGACAUGGCCAGUAGCCUUGUAACCCACGCCUACUCCAAACAGAAUAGAACUCCUAGUCAGGAUUUACUUUCUUCAGAUGCUUCUACCAAGGAAUUGAUCCCUUCUGAGGAUGGAAGCAACAUUAAUGUAGAUGAUCAAAGCACUGGCGCAAGAAUAGGUGUCGAAGAAUAUCUUGAGAAAAAUGCUACGGAUACCAGUGAUAGUUCUUUGCCUAUAGUGAAUGGUAUGAGAGGCAGACUUCUGAAGCCUGAGCCAGACUUUGGAAUAUUGAGGUCUAAUGAAAACAUAAUUCAGGAGUCACUUAACACCGAUGUACUUGCGGAACAACUAGAGCGAGUUCAAAGUGAGUCUGCAGCCCUGAUAGGUACUGCAGAAAUGCAGAAGGUGGAACUAGAACAGAUCAGACCAACUGCAAGUGAUUCUUCAGUUCUUCAUGAUUUUGCAGCUAGAAGUAUGGAACUUACCAAGCAAGUAGACAAAACUGAGAGAACAGAAGAAGAGAUGGGAGAUGCUUGUGGAAAUUUAAGACCUGCAACUGCAUUACCAAAACCUGUAAAAUCUCACCUUGGACUAGAGAAUUAUCCAAAUCAAAGUUCUGUGGAUGGACUUCCUGAGCACAAUAUAGGCACCAUCAACUUUGCUCAGAAGGAAGCUUGUGCUGAUUCUCAACAACAGUGCAUAAGCAGCACCGAAGAGACUUCAGUGAACAAUGAUCAGAGAUGUCCAGAGGAGGAACAGACAUUCAUUUUAACGUUGGUGGAAAUCUCAGCUGACUCAAAAGAGUUUGAUGCAUCUGCUUUGCUGGAACAAACUUCAGAACCAUUACUACCAGCCCCCAUACUUAUAAGCCCAAUAAAUGCAAGUGAAACAAGCGUGGCCGAAGUGGAGAG